GUUCACUGUUAACUCCCACUGUAAAUAAAGGCCACCAAAUUGUUUCGCUGGCACAAAAAAAUUGAGAAUUUAACUUAAUUGAGAAGAAAUGGACGGCUUUAUGAUGGAUAUAAUUAAAGGCAUGUGCAUCAUGGACAAUGACGGCAACCGGAUACUGGCAAAAUACUACGAUAAAAACAUAUUGUCCACGUUGAAGGAGCAAAAGGCGUUUGAGAAGAAUCUAUUCAAUAAAACACACCGCUCCAACACUGAAAUCAUCAUGCUCGAUGGACUGACGUGUGUUUACAAAAGCAACGUUGACUUGUUCUUCUACGUCAUGGGCAAUGCCUAUGAGAAUGAGCUGAUACUGCUGUCAGUGCUGAAUUGCUUAUACGACUCCAUAAGUCUUAUACUGAAGAAGAAUGUGGAGAAGCGGCUGGUGCUUGAGAAUCUAGAAAUCAUAAUGCUGGCAUUUGAUGAAAUCUGCGACGGCGGCAUUAUCUUGGACGCGGACCCAUCUUCGGUGGUGAAACGCGUCGAUCUGCGCAACGACGAUAUACCCAUAGCUGAACAGACCGUUGCUCAGGUGAUACAAUCGGCGCGCGAGCAGCUCAAGUGGUCCAUAUUGAAAUGAGGACGUCGUGGCCGUGGUCGUCGCAGCGGAGGUCGAGAUCAGUAAAACUGUCGCAAUACAUUCGAUUUUUCUAUCAAAUUCGCCUAGAGUAUAAUAUAUACAAAAUACACACACACAUCCUACUUAUAUAUAUAGAUGUAUAUUUAACUAGAUAACCCAUAUCUAUUGCCUAAGUUGAGCAACAUUUAGCAUAUAGGCAUUGGGUAAUUCUUUUAUAUUUGCUUUUACUCAACUUAUUUCCAUAGUUGCAAUUGGUGUGUAAUCAGCUGCAUUAUUCGCUUAAGAACUGAACCAGAUAAAGCCCACGAAGGGGCACUUUGUUUACACAAUUCACAACUCGAAGCCACUUCAUUUGCGUACUUGCAAUGCCAAUAAAUGUUAAGGGUCAUAAAGAGCAACAACAAAUAGAGAGGCAGAGAGAGAGAUUUGAGAGUCACGUGAAGCAGCAGCAGCCUGAUCACGUGAAUCGAAGCUGUAGCAGCUAAUCAUAUCGCUGAUUAUGUUUAAAAUUCAAGAUAUUUGUGGUAUUUCAACCUUUAAACACUUGUAUAUGAAAUGCCUUUAUGAAUAUUGUAAUGUAUAGGUCAUGUUUUUAUAGAAAGUGUUGCAUUUACAAAUAUAUGUAAACACUAGCCUAUGUCCAAAGUAAAAGAUUUA